AGCAGCCCGCGGGGAGCCAGGAGCCCAAAGAACAGACGUGCUCGCCCUGGCGCCCCGGCUUCGCGCACGAAGUCCCGGUGCGCGCCCCCCGCCGACCCCAGCGCCGGAGCCAGAGAGAGAGAAGGAGCCCAGCUGCCGGCAGCCCGCGCCCGCCUCCUGCCCGGAGGAGCCGCCCGAAGAUGCCCCUCCGCAGCGUGCACGCGGCUGCCGUCCUCCUGCUCGUGGUCUUAAAGGAACAGCCUUCUAACCCAACCCCACUCAACGGAUCCACGUGGACCUAUAUAGGUCCCGACGGGGAGAAGAGCUGGUCCAAGAGCUACCCAUCAUGUGGGGGCCUGAUGCAGUCCCCAAUAGACCUGCACAAUGACAUCCUCCAGUACAACGCCAGCCUUGUGCCCCUCGGCUUCCAAGGCUACAGUGAGUCUGCCGACCAGCAAUUUGUCCUGACCAACAAUGGCCAUUCAGUGAAGCUGAAACUGCCCAAGGACAUGCACAUCCAGGGCCUUGGGGCCCGCUACAAUGCCUCGCAGCUGCACCUGCACUGGGGAGACCAGAAUGAACCUCACGGCUCGGAGCACACUGUCGGUGGGAAGCACUUUGCUGCCGAGCUGCAUAUGGUCUAUUAUAACUCGGACCUGUACCCCAAUGCCAGCAUCGCCAGUGACAAGCCAGAAGGCCUCGCGGUCCUAGCUGUUCUCAUAGAGAUGGGCUCCUUCAAUCCAUCAUAUGACAAGAUCUUCAGUCACCUUAAAGAUGUAAAGUACAAAGGCCAAGAAGUGUCCAUUCCGGGUUUCAGCAUUGAAGAGCUGCUGCCGAAGAGGCCUGAGGAGUACUACCGCUACCGAGGGUCCCUGACCACACCUCCUUGCUACCCGACCGUGCUCUGGACGGUUUUCCGGAACCCUGUGCAAAUUUCCCAGCAGCAGCUGGUGGAUUUGGAGACAGCCCUGUACUGCACACGGGUGGAUGACCCGUCCCCUAGAGAGAUGAUCAACAACUUCCGGCAGGUCCAGAAAUUUGAUGAGAGGCUGGUGUACGUCUCCUUCCGACAAGGCAUCGCCCUUUCUGUGGCCCUGGCUGGCGUUCUGGGCAUCAGUAUGGUCCUGGCAGUAUCCAUUUGGCUUUUCAGAAGGAAGAAGAGCAGCAAACAAGUUGCCAACAAAGGAGUCAUCUACAAACCGGCCAUCAAGCAGGAGACUAAGGCCCACGCCUGAGGCCCUGGCAUGCCCAGGCGUGUCCAAGGAAGGACUUGGCUUUGGACACAACCUGCUGUGGCUCCCUGCACACUUGAAAUACCUGACGGUUCUCUGGAGUUCCACCCACAAGCACCCCAGACCCUUGGGGGACCCCGCCAUCCUGAUGCCAUGCCACCCCCAGUGGGAGCGUGGAUGGGGAGAGCUCGCCUCGGAGGUAGGAGGUCUGAGCUGUCUGCUUCGCGAGCGUGAGACCAUGAAGUGGUCCGGAUUCCGGGAGCACAAACCACGUCGCUCGCUGCGGGCUGUUACUGGUUAGAACACACUCUUAUCCAGGGCUUCACCUGAACGUGGUUUCAAGUGUCCCGGGAAUUCUGUUUCUCGUCCAUGCCUUCAGACCAGCACACGGACUCUCUCUGCGCUCAGACUUAGGCUCCGCUCUUGAGACUCAGUUUCCUUCCCCAGGGAAGGGCUUGUUGUCUGCUUUCCUUCUGCUAUGACAACACCUUUAGUCUGACCUUACAGCCGGGGGGACGGGGGUAACGGGAAGGGUCAAGGUGUCCGAGACAAAAAGAAAACAAGAGAUAUUCUUUGUAAUAUAGUAGAGGCAUUUUCCAAGUCCUGCCCUUUGUUUGUUUGUUUUGUUUGUUUGUCUGUUUAACUUCUUUAUUGGAGUAUAAUUGCUUUACAAUUGAAUCAGACGCACUGAAUGGACCUCAGAGAGAGAGAAGACACGUAAGAUCUGGAAGAGUCUCACUUUGGAAUGACAACUGGAAUCAGAAGUUGCUUGUCAAGUGUGAGGACAGAAUAUUAAGCCCGACCCAACCUCCUGUCAGGGGUGUCGUUAUGUUUCAUACUUUACGGAUUUUAUAAAUAAUUUGGCUAUUCCUUGAAAAUGUGUUGUUGCCUUCUCUCUCCUCGAGGAGACGUGAAUUCUGAGAUGACCUAAGCUGCUUUUGUGUCUAAAGGAAACAGAAGCAAAAUGGUUGAAGAGUUUUGUCUCUCCUGCCCAAAUUUUAUCUCUGCCACCUUUGCGGUCUGUGUCCCUACUGUCAACCUGGAAUUGGGACUUACCAACUUCUCUGACUUGGAAGAAGAUAUGGAGCCAUGGCUGAGUUAAAGUAUAUUUUCAAACUAUGAAAGCAGCAAGUUAUCUGUGCAGGGGCUGGCAUCAUGGCAUUCAGGGACCAGAAAUAAUGGAAUGUUGCAAAGAUCCUUCAUGGUCUUCCCUCCAAGUGACAAAGACAGUUUCUGAGAUGACGUAACUCCUUUAUUCUCCGCCCACCGAUGUAAGAGACCAGCAGAGACCAGUUAGUUCCAUGACUGAGAAGGAGGCCCCCACCACCAACCUCUCCUGGCUGGCACCUUGCAGUUCACAGAGAACCUUCUGAUUCCCACUCUCAUUUUGACAGCAUCAGAUAUCCUCCUGAAGCAUAGGUUUCUUUAGAUCGUCUUUUUCCCUCUCCUCCUCCCUUGACUUUGAGAAGUCUUCUCUCUUCUCUACUGUCUUAACUUUUUGUAGUGAUGGCGAGCCUUAUGUCUUUGUAGCUUGUUUGCUAGGCGGAGUUACAGAUGGAGACUCGGGGGUGUGUGUGUGUGUGUGUGUGCGCGCGUGCGCGUGCAUGAGACCUCUGACCGCCCUGGAGCCAGGGGUGGCAUCCGGCCUUGCCAUUAGCACACCAGCCUGAUGCUGAUCAAAUGACAGCAGCGACAGCCCUCAGGACUGAGCAGUGGGAAUUAGACGAUGCUUUCUCGGCCUCGUCCCAAAGUUGCCCAUCAGAAACCAACAAAAACCACUCCAGAGCUGUGAGGCUGUCUUUCAAAGAGUUCUCUACAGCUUUUAGGGACGGAUUUUGUGAGAGCACAGAGAGAGCAUUGUACCUGGCACAAUGGCUGUUCAUAAAAAGGGAGAGUUAUGGGGGAGGUGAAAACAGUGACAGUUUUCCUGCCCUCUCCCUCCUCAGCACAGCCUGGGCUCUCAGCCCUCCUGGCUCAGACAAAACAAAGCCAGGGAGAGGGCUCCAGGGAUCAACAAUGUCACCCUCCUUGCUACUCCGUGUGGGACUCCUGAGGAUCCAGCCCUGCAGCUGGGAAAGCUUUCCUCAGGUUCUCACUCAUUCCCUGCCACUGGCUGCCUCUACAGGAAAGCGCUGCUGAAGCUCCUCUGCCUCCCACUGACCACUGGGAGGGCCCAGGUGCUGAGCUGGGCGCACGGCAGGCGAAGGUAACAAAGACGAGGCCCCGGCCGGGGCAGGGACACAGGGAAGGCCCUGGCUUCUUUGCCUCUCACGAAGGGGAGGUCUUCAGUCUCUUUGCUUUGUUUGGUUACUGUCAAAUGGUAAAAACCUAUACUUAUUUCCUUAAUAAACAUUCUAGGACUUUGCUGCAUUGAUUAUUAACCCCA